GAAAAAUAUUGGAAUAUAUAAUCCUAUAAUCGCAGCACGCUACUCCAAAUCAGACACUUUACUAACAACGCCCACUACACCAACAAAUCCUCGAUAUGCUUUGGUUAUACAGCAUCCCACUGCCAUUAUUGGAUUAUCGUUUAAUCGCAAUAAAUGCAUUGAUUUACGAUUUAAUUGCAUCGGAAAUUGUAAACGUAAAUGCACACAUUGUUAUUGCGGCUACUGACAUGACAGAAUUUGACAAAUCAGCAACAAUGCGCACGACUUGCACGACAACAAAAAUAUUGCGACUAACGCAUGAAAGGCAGCGAGAGGCGCUCAAAAGUCCUACAACGAGAAGGUCAACAACAAUGAGCAACGCUGACAAAGCUGAGUUGGCAUUUUUCGGGCAAAAAUCGAAGCAUGCCAGUGAUCACGUUGUACUGGGUGACAACAACAGUUUGAGCGACAGAAAUAUUGGAUUUACUCUAUUGGCAAAUGGAAAAGGCAACAGUUUACCCAUCCCUCUACAAACACCAGCUACCCCAACUAGUGACGAUGUGGUCGUUUCUAUUAUUGCAGCAAGGACAUUUGAUAUGAUGACUGACGAUAGCAGCCGUUUUGCCAAUAGUUUCAACGUCAUACCAACAAUAAAUGAGCGCGUUGACAAUUUUCGAAAUGACAAAAAGCAAAUCGCAUCAACGACAAUGACAGGAGUAGUAACCGCAGCACGAACGGCAGCAGCAGUAACUGCAAAAGCCGAGGUGAGAGUAGAUUCCAAACAGCCAGCAAUAAAAGUAAGAGUCAUAACAGCAAUAAAAUCGGCAGCAACACAAUUUACUACAUCGGCAUCACAGCCAUCAGUGUUGAUAUCGGCAUCGACAAUACCAGCAAGAACGAGAAGAGUAAGCACCCACGCUGCGCAGCCAGUAACAUCAGCAACGCCAGCACAAACUACAAAGGCAGCAACGACAUCUAAAGCUACCAUAACAAUGUCAAAAUUGCUAACAACAACAACAGCAGCAGCAACAACAGGAACAACAGCAAUGGAAACGCGUGCAAUGCCAUGGUGGCCAACAUUGCACGGUCAUGAUUUAUUAUCGUCAACAAAUGGGAUGCCGAAUUGCCGACUAACGCCAGAGUGUGAUUGUGUGGUACAAUGUCAUGCAACAACAAAUAGCAAUACAAGAACAACAACAACAUAUCUGGAAUUUUUUGAAUCAUCAAGAGCCAUCAAAACAGCAGCAGCAGCAGCAGCAGCAGCAUUAACGCCAUCAUCACCAUCAUCUCCGUCAUCACCAUCAUCAUCAAUACCAACCACGCCAGUACUAACCGCUAAGGUGCAGGCGACCACUACAACUGCAACGGCAACACCAACGGCAGAAGCAGAGGCAAGCCAGCAAUCUUGGUCAACAGCACAUGUCACAAAGUCUGGUGGCACAAAAUUGUCACCAUCAAACAACAAUUCAGCGGCAUUUAACGCGAAUAGCAAUAAAAAGAAGCUUGCAACAGCAACAUCUACAACUAAAGCAGCGCAAACUCUAUCGGAAUGUAGCACUGCACGCCCAACACCAACAGCUAUGCCAUGUUCCACAACUGGUACAACAAAUUCAACAGCAACUGGAACAACAAUAGCUACAACAAUAGCUACAACAACAGCAAAAAGUACAGCAUCAAAGCCCACUGCCACAUUGCAAUUGCACUGGCAACGCAUUCUAUCACGUCAAAAACGUUAUCUUGCAUUUCCGGAGGGAUCAUCGUUUUCCGUCUCGCUUUGCAUCACGGUCGGCAUUAUCGGUAAUCCUAGGUACAAUUAUAUGAGUUACGGACUAAAUUGGGGUGUCUCUUAUGAUUUGCCCAAUGCCACUUGGGUGUUAAAUCAGUUACAUGGGCUUAGUCGACGUCCAGUGCCGGAGGCUGUGCUACACAGGCGCAGCAAGCGUGCGCUCUAUGAACGUAUCGGCGAAGCUGUGGAUAACAUGGGUUACAAUGGGCGUGAAUGUGUGCUGCGUGCGCUCUGCGAAAGUCGCCAAUACUUUGCACGCAAUAAGAUGGGCAUGAUCGGUGAGAUGUUGCGCGUUAUUUUUAGUUUGCCAAAACAACGUCUAUUCACGCGGGAGUUGCGUGAAAAUUCCGAGAUCCUCGCUUAUGACCACGCCUAUCGCAAAGCACGUACGGUCAAUUGUGCCACGCACUAUGACUGCUCAUUUUCACUGCUUGAAUUGGCAUUUGGAAAGUAUGCAAGGCCACCUAUUGAUUAUUAUAACAAAUUUGGCAUGUAAAAAAGGUCAAGAAAAAAUAACAUUUAAAAAAAUUACAAUACGAUUAUUAAACUAAUAUAACACUGUGUGACAAAAAAACGAAAAUUAAAUAUACUUUUAUGGAGACCUAGCACAACUUGUGGGUAUAGAAAAACUAAGAAAAAUGGUAUAGGAGAAAUUUCCAAUACACCCCCAAAAUCUCAUUUUAUGGCCAUAAAACCGUUUUUCAGUAGGUUGAUAUGAACAAUCACUCCUAACUUCGCCAAUUUCCAUCCGAUCUCGAAUUUGUUUUUUUAGUUCGAAAGAACAAAAACAAGCCUUUUUGACAGUAUGUUGACAAUUUUUCUGAAAUGACAACUGACGAGACUGUAGACGGAAGUAUUUGAA